GCUGCCACUACGCGCCAUCCGCGCGAACACGCGCCACGAAGUAUACCCAAUUGGUAUCGCGAUAGGCCCACGUUGACAAUAGUCAUCAUGUAGUAAGAAACAACAACCACCACUACUCUACAUUAAGGAAUAAAGUGAUAAUUAUGACAAGCAAUAUUAUAGUAAAAUAUAAUGGUUUCAAGACGGUUCGCGCGUAGAGAGUCGAGUUUAACUUUGAGCAUAUCAGAAGUAUGGACAUUCAGAAGCAGCACUUGUGUCCGCGACUGGUGGAUUAUUUAACUAUAGUCGGAGCUCGCCCUUAUACAUCUGGCAAAGGACUCGCUCCUGUUCAGGCCCCGGAGUUGCUGCGUAGAUAUCCCCUAACGAACCACGAUGAUUUCCCUCUACCACUGGACAUGGUCUACUUCUGCCAGCCUGAGGGCUGCGUUUCCGUGGGCCCGCGACGAGCGCCUGGUCACGUCGCUAGGGACAGCACGUCCUUUGUGUUUACUCUCACUGACAAAGACUCCGGCAAAACUCGGUACGGAAUUUGCGUCAAUUUCUACCGCGCGGUGGAACGCGCGCCAGCGCCGGGCCCGCGUGAGCGUAGCAUGUUACGGAGGGAGUCGUGGCGCAAGUCCAUGGAAAAGAGCUCGGACUCGGCCUUCUCAAGUGACUAUAGGAGCAGCAACGUGGCGCCGAGUGAUUCGGAGCGCGACUGCAGUGCCACUAUGGCCCCGCGGCUCGCCGUCGCGCAAGGCCCUGCCGCCGGCCACGACUCUGAGAGCGGCGGCUCGCACUCGCCCAGUCCUAGGGCAAGUAGGAAGAGACAGCGAGUGCGGAAUCAUUCGUUAACAUCUCUAUGUUUACUCUCACAUCACCCCUUUUUCUCCACAUUCCGGGAGUGCCUGUUUAUCCUUAAAAAGUUAAUUGAUGCGUGCAAUGAGUCUUCCAGUCCGCGGCGUGUUGGGGCGUCGAGACAAGUAUUUAGGGAUACAGUAUGGUCAAUGUUAACUGGUCAGGCGUAUGAUAGUACGCCCACAAUAGUACUACACGACGUAAAAGAAAUAGAAACUUGGAUAUUACGCCUUCUGUCUGCGCCAGUGCCUGUCCCGGGCAAGACUCGAGUGGAACUGGAAGUGUUAUCUCCUACAGCUCAUGCACCUUUGUUGUUUGCGUUACCUGAUCAUACGCGAUUCGCCCUUGUGGACUUCCCUUUACAUUUGCCUUUGGAGCUUUUAGGUGUGGACACCUGCCUAAAAGUACUAACGCUAAUACUUUUGGAAAACAAAGUCGUAGUCCAAUCUCGCGACUACAACGCGCUGUCGAUGUCGGUGAUGGCGUUAGUGGCCAUGCUGUACCCGCUGGAGUACAUGUUUCCGGCCAUUCCACUGCUACCAAGUUGCAUGAACUGUGCUGAACAACUUCUGCUAGCUCCCACGCCUUUCCUCAUUGGCAUACCUGCUACUUUCCUCACUUAUAAGAAGAACUUUAGACUACCAGAUGACAUAUGGCUAGUUGAUUUGGACGCAACAAAACUAAUAAGCCCUACGGGGACCGACCAAGAUUUACCGCCAUUACCUGAACCGGAGGGUUCUGUACUUAAAAAUCAUUUAAAACAGGCUCUGAGCAGUCUGACGAACACGACCAACGAUCAGGCACAGGCACAGCUGAUGCCCUCGAGGCGGGACAGUGUCGGAGGCGCCACUCUAAAGGUGCAACAGCCGUCUUUCCGUGGCUCUGGCGACGGUGCCCACUCAGCGCCACAAAGUACGCCGGAGAGCCGCCGCGUUUCGCUCAGCAGCUCGAGUGCGAUAAGUGCGGGUAACACGCCGCAGCGACAUUCGCUGGCCAGCUCACACUCACAGCCCUUCAACCCGCUCAUAUUUGGCAACGAUGUUGACUCUGUCGAUGUUGCUACUCGAGUGGCUAUGGUCCGUUUUUUCAACUCCCAAAACAUACUGGCGAAUUUCAUGGAACACACGCGAACUCUGAGGCUAUACCCACGGCCUGUGGUCGCGUUUCAAAUCAACAGCUUCUUACGAUCUCGACCUAGGACUACUUCAUUUUUGAAUAAAUUUGCUCGAACGCAAGCGGUUGAAUUUCUAGCAGAGUGGUCGUUAACACCCUGCAAUGUAGCUUUCCUCAGAGUGCAAACAGGAGUGUUCGAUCCACGGCAAAUCGGCGAUAAACCUAAAUGGUUCGCUGACCAGUUGCAACCGAUUCGUUUUGCUGUCUGGGAUGACGGUAGUUCGCUCAAUGGUGCGCUGAGGCAAUUGCAGCGACAUGAAAAUCAGCCUACUGAUGAAAGUGGUUCAGACUCUGAAGCAGCAGAGAGUACGAGCUCGUCAUAUUCUUCUCUUAGCGAUUUUGUAUCUGAAAUUAUUUCGUCGGAUUUAUCACCAGGUGGAAAUCAUCAACACGUAAUAGGAGAAACCUACAGCGCCGUAGUUCAAGUGCCAAUGACUUUAUCUUCAUCAUUAGAUCCAAAAACAGUAUACACUCCACCGUCAUUUCUAAUGUACGGUGAGGAUGGUCAAGGAGCUACUGCUGGCGAAGAAGGCAGAAAUUCUACUUCUCCUUCACCUUCCGCAUCUAGCUCGGACCACAGUGACCUUUCAGACGAUGACGCUCAAGAUGAACGGCAGGAUGCCACUGACUCUCGAGCCCCACCCGUAAAGAAGAGUGACACGGACAGCGGGAGUUUUGGCCGCGAGUCGGACUCAAACUCGACGACAACACCGAAGACGGUUGUGUCUCGACAGCGCGCUGCGGACAGUGGUAGUGCAAGCGACUCCGACCGUGCCCUCACGCCGCAUCAUUCGCUGCCUACGCAUCCACCGCCAUCGCAUACAUCUCAUGUUAAGAGUACAAGUAGCGGUGUUUCUCGUCAGGCAUCUCAAACGUCUCUAUUGGAGCAAUUUGCGGCUCAGGCGAAAGAAUUGGUGAGAGAAACCACCCGGCAAGGAAGCCAGGAGGGCCUUUUGGCGCAUAUGGACAAGAAAGGAAAAGCUGCUGACGUGGACGACAAGAAACUGUUUGCGCCCUUUGACAAGCUUACGUUACACGCUAAAAAAGCGGCGGAAGAAGCAUCAAAGAGUAUGCAAGAAGCGUCAAAGACAGCCCUCGAAGCCAGCAAGACGGCCACUGCAGUUAGCAAAAACACCUUUGAUGAUCUUACUUAUGUGGGAAAAUCCACUUUUGGAGACUUCACGAAAAGUGCCAAGGAAGUAGCUGCUAAGAAAGGACUGCUGAUUAAGGGUGAGAGUCAAGAUUUGAGUAGUGGAACUAACGCGCGUCGCGAUUCCACCGCGCUGCAGACUACUAACUUGCUGACGGCGACACACAGAGACUUCUUCUCAAAUAUCAGCUCGGAUUUAAACGGCCUUGCUGCUUCUACUUCUAGCAUGUUCAGCGACUUGUUUGGGUCUAAAGGCAAACAAGUGAAGCCUGCAGAGACACCGCGCAGUACAGCUUCCCAAUCGUCAGCGCCACUGGCGGCGACGUUCGGGCCGUUUUCGCAAGGUGCAAAAGGAUUAGUGCAGCGGACGCCGCUCAUCCACCACGCUUCACCGCCGCAGCAGGCACAAACGUCGCAGACCCGCUCGUCUGCAAACUCUGAAAACCAGGCUUUCUUGAACGACUUAAUUCACCACGUACUGGAAGGCGAAGGAGUAGGUUGGCUGAAGCUGAAUCGACUGAAGAAACUGAUGGAGGACGAGUCUUACAGAAACAUGGUGCUCAGCAAACUAAACAGGAACUUCAACAGGAAGUCUACCCCUAACGACAAAGUCGAUGAUGUGUUCGUCAGCAAACCAGUGUGGAAGGGUAUGUUGAAAGUUUUUCAAGCGGUAGUGCACGGACUCGAGCACACGUACUCCAACUUCGGUCUGGGCGGUAUGGCGUCUGUGUUCCAACUGGCAGAGAUGGCUCAUACGCAUUAUUGGAGCAAGGAGUUCGCCGGCUUGGAGCAUGGGGGAUUGGCCGGUUCGGCGUUGUCAGAGCAUUAUGGACGACAUGAUCUUGAAACACCGUCUUCGACGUCGCCUUCAUCGAGAAAAAGUUCUCAAACAGACGUGCCAAUCGUAAACUACCCUGAAGCUGACCCAUCAGAAGCGCAAAGCACCACUGAAAUGUUCAAAGACAUGUUGAAUCAGAAGAGGAAUCUUUUGUUCAGCAAACUUACCUCUUUCGAUUCUGAUGCGGCGCCGUCGUCGGAGUGCUCGGCUGACGAGAGCGGUUCCAUCACCACCAACCGAGCAAAUCUCUUCGACUCCCGCGCCUCAUUUAAGUCCAACCUCUCUGACACUGACGUCAUGUUCCUCAAUAUGACGCGGACCGCGAGUGGCGGGGCGGGCAAGCCUCGUGCAGCAUCAGUAUUCUCAUCGAAGUCUUCGUUGAGUUAUCGACCGCCCGUCGGAGUUCCUACCACGUCACCGCUCACCUCACCCGAUACAGCUCGCACCUACCUCUACCAGGGGCUAAUUGGCAAGGAGCGAUCGAACCUGUGGGACCAAAUGCAAUUCUGGGAAGACGCGUUCUUAGACGCUGUAAGUCAAGAGCGAGAUAUGAUUGGCAUGGACCAGGGCGCCAAUGAAAUGAUGGAACGGUACAAAUGUCUUAGCGAAACCGAACGCAAAAGGCUGGAGUACGAGGAAGAUCGAUUGCUGUCAACAGCUCUUUACAAUCUGACCGCAGCUAUGGUGCUUUUCGGUGUAGCAAGCGAUGUGAUACGCAAUAAAGUUCGUCGCCUUCUCGCCAAAAGUCAUAUUGGACUAGUGUACAGUCAAGAAGUUAACCACCUUCUCGACGCCGUUCAUACUUUGCACGGGAACGACAUAGAUCUAAAGCCUCUGGGGUCUCGGCUGCUGCGGCGCGCGACAUUCACCGUGCAUGAAGGCGAUGCCGGCGGCGAGUUGCGUUUUAUGGAAGUCCGCGAUGACGGACUUGUUCUCAGAUCUACGCAAGGUACAAUCGUUGAGAGGUGGUGGUAUGAACGGCUGGUUAACAUGACUUAUAGUCCGAAAAUAAGAGUUUUGUGCCUUUGGAGGAAGAACGGAGGUCAGACGCAAUUGCACAAGUAUUACACGAAAAAGUGUAAGGCGCUGUACUAUUGUAUCAAGGAAGCGAUGGAAAAAAGUGGACGGCGGCAGGAUGCCGCGGAGCUCGGGGGCGAGUUCCCCGUACAGGACUGCGCCACUGGCGAAGGCGGACUUAUACAGGUGUGCAUGGAAGGCGUGGGGCUCCUCUUCCACCACAGCAAGGAUUUCGAGUUCUUUGUGCGGCUCGAUCACAUUCGAAAAUGCUUCACACAGAAUGGCGGUAUCUUCGUUAUAGAAGAAUUUAACCCAAAAACAAGACAAAUAGUCCAAAGAAAAUACAAAUCAAUUAUGGCGGACCAGAUUUGCUACGCGGUGCUGUGCGUGUUCUCUUACUUCGCGGCCGGGCAGGAGCAGAAAAAGGCAAUUCUGGAGCAGGCCUCGCGUUUGCCGCACCCACCGCAAGAGUCCUUGACGCCUGCAGUCGCCACAAGAGCCAGCUCCCCUGGCGCUUUUGGUGGCACUUCACCUAAGGGACGAGCUAGUCCACAGGUGGAGAGGCGAUCACCAGUAAGCCGUGCUGGCGAAGCGAGGGCAACUUUUGCGAAAAGCGACGCGGCGGCAACGGAAUCGCGAGACAAUACUGCACCUCAAGAGAGACCGGACACAGUGCGGCAGUCGCGGGGUAGCCUCGAGAGAACACCCCGGGAUACUGAUAAGUCCUUGGAGGAGAGCGGUGAAAAAGUGGGAGAAUCCAGUGAAAAGUGUCCGGAGGUUCAUCGCGUGGCACAGCGGACAGAUAGCCUGCCGCCGCGCCGGCCGCCGCCGCCCGCGCCGCCGCAGCAGCGCCUGGCCAGAGCGCACUCGCACGCCGCGGGCGCGCCGCCGCCGCGGCCGCUCGACCCGCCGACGAUUCCACCACGUGCAGGAGUGGCUAGCCCUCGCCCGGCGGGCCCCCCGCCAGCUUUGCCGCCGAGACAGCACUCUGCAGCGGCUGACCUUAAUACAGUGCCUAGGACGCUAAGCCCGGCGCGCACGAUAAAUACAGAUGGCGGCGCCCGACGAAUGCCGCAAAGACAAGGUUCCAUAAGCGCGCCUUUUGCGCCGACCAACCCAUUCGCCGGCCCGCGACAUGCAGAAUUCGUCAUCCCGCAACGCAACAACGUCAGGCGGCCUUCCACUACAGACAAGUCUUAAGAUCGACUUUUGGAUACAUUCACGAACAUUAUAAAUGUCGAACGUGUAUGUUCUAGGUGUUAAAGCUCAUGAUAAUAAAGUAGAAAAUAUACCAACUUUGUUCGUUUGGUAGAACCAGAGACUUCUAAGUUUGUGUUGUACGCCAGAAUACGGUAGCAGGUCGUAGUAGUUUAUCUUUUUAUAGCUCAGUUACAUAAGAAUCUUAAGUCCUAACUAAAUCUAUGUAAAUGUAAAUAUAGCUUGCUUCUGUCCACAUAUCUAAGAUUAUUUUUUGUUACUGCUUUAAGCAAAUGACAAGUGUCGUAACCACGACGCUAUUGUAAGAUCAGUGCCGUAUGUUAUGUAACUGAUUUAUUAAAAGCUAUUAAUAAAUUGAUGUUUAAUUUGAAAGUGCUGUUACCAAUAAUAAAUUUAAAUGUAGUUGGUAUAUAGACUAUGGCUUUUGCCCGUGCUGUUCCUAGCAAGUAUAUACCUACGAGACUAAGUAUUUUUCAUAAAGUGCAUAAUGUACAAUAAUAUGAUUGUUCAUAACAAUAAUUCAGUUUGUGGAGAAGAUAUUAUGUUAUUAAAAUACCUAUUUAUAUUGUUACAUAAAUAUGCUAAUAAAAUAAAAGUAUUAUAUACUAUCCCUUGACAUCGAUGUAUCCCUUGUUAGACUUGUCAAAAUAAAUUAGUAUUGACGUUUGCCAUGUUACGUUUUAGAUAGUUAUUACAAUGUAUACACAACACAGGGUCAUCGUGGAUUUUUAUUUGAUAGCGAAUAAAUGAAAUUGACACCAACGAAGGGAAGCAAAAAUCCACUAAAAGAAAAAAAAAUAUGUAAUCUCUUGGUCAGUAAGCCAUCUUUCUACUAUAACGUCUUGUUCCGUAUUUAGUUCAACUCUUGUGUAAAUUUGCUUCCGUUCGUAUUUCUGGUAUAUCAUCCCCAACUAAUGCAGCCAGAGUUGUCAAAUCCGUAGAAAAAAUAAAUUUAUUGGAACCAAAUAAAAUUUUAAUACCU